UUCUCUCCUGUGUCUUUUCCUCUUUGUGCUUCAUGGAAAAUCGAAAGGAGAGAAAUGGUCCAAGAAAAGUGCCUCAAUUUGGAGCAUGGGAUAAUAAUGCUGGAGAUGGAGGAAAUGGUGGUUAUACUGUAGAGUUCUCAAAAGCUCGUGCCAACAAACAACAUCAGCCUAAAAAUGGUUUAGACGCACGUCACGAGUUGAAAAACAAUAAGGAAUUUCAGCAUCAUGAACAUAAACAAGGUUUAGACGCACGUCAUAAGGAAAUUCAGCAUCAUGAACAUAAACAUGGUUUAGACGCACGUCAAGGUCAUGGAUUGAAAAACAACAAUAAUGAAAUUCAGCAUCGUGAGCAUAAACAUGGUUUAGACGCACAUCACGGUCAUGGAUUGAAAAACAACAAUAAGGAAAUUCAACAUCAUGAACAUAAACAUGGUUUAGACGCACGUCAUGGGUUGAAAAACGAUAAGGAACCUAUGCAUCAACAACACAAAAAUGGUUUAGGCACACGUCAUGGGUUGGAAAAUAAUCAGGAGUUUCAGCAUCAACCGUAUAAAAAUGGUUUAGGCGCACGUCACGGGUUGACAAAUGAUCAGGAAUUUCCUGGCAAGAAACAAGAGGACCCUGGCAAUAUGAAAAAUGGAUACAGGUCUGUUCCUCAAUUUGGAAUGUGGGAUCAACAAGCAGCUGGAGGAGGUGGUGCAGCAGCCAGUUACACAGUAGAAUUUUCGAAGGCUCGUGUCAACAGGAAACAACACAAAAAUAAUGAUCUUUUAGCACGACCACCUAGCAUCGAUCAUGAGCAGGAAGAUCUUAGGAAGCAGCACGAGGAUGCUUGCAUGAGGAAAAAGAAUAUGUUGACAUACCUCAAUUGUUGCAUUAGGCCUUGAUCAUUUCCAAAUGUCCAAG